GUUCGCUGGGCUACAAUGUGAAGCUGACUACCGACACGGUGAUAAUUAAGUUGUUUGCCUUCUGUACGUGUCUGAUAAAUCUGCUGGGAUGGGGCCUACAGACCCACAAUCAGGGGAGAUACCGUCAACUCAACAAGCGUAUAGGCCGAAUGAUCAGACAAUGUGUACAGUAUGUCUCUGACCACUGGGAGAAUUUCCGAGAGGCUAACCGACACCUGUUACCAUGGGAACUGUUGGAGAGACUACAAUUGGAGUACAGUCAAUUCUUCCUCAGGGCUACAAAUUGUAUACUUACUGCCCAAAGACUAGGGUGUUGGCAGUUCAUGACAGACAUGCCCUACUCCACACUAUCAGGAGAAAUGGCCUGGCAGCUAGUCUGGCUGUUCCACCAGGGACGUGGACAGACUAUCAACCUUGAUGCUCUGCCUUCAGAAGAACUCUGUAGGAAGUUUAUCUCCAACCCUGACAGUAGACAACAGUUGUGUGACUCUGUACAACAUUUACCAACAUCAGAAGCUAUCUACCUCCUCACAGCGCUGGCCAAUAUUGCCCAGAGUAGACAACAGCAGGAAAGUGAAAUCAUACACGCCAUCUCUCUGUGUGUGUUUCAG